AUGAUGAAGAAGAAUGAGAAGUCACAGGAAGUCUACAAGAUAUACCUUGCUCGUUAUUCUCAGGCUUCCUGGGCUACAAAUACACGUGAAGAAGCUAACAUCACCAACUCAUCUUCGUCGGUGAUGAUGAUCCUUUCCGGUAUCGUAAAAUACAGAUCACAGAUGAAAUAUUAUUGCAUCCAAAAGUUAAGGAUCCUUCAGGUUUAUUUUCAAUUGGAUUGGAAAGGAAUGGACGCUGAACGAGAUGAAAGAUUAUUGCAUCCAGAACUUAAGGAGUACUUUCGUAAAGUGUUCGGUAUCACUGGUGUUCAUCCGGUGUUUGUAGACCAUUACGAGUUGGUUGUUUUAAUGUUGGAUGAUCGUGGUAUUAUGUUCAGGUGGAACGAAAUGGAACAUGGCAUGGAUUAUAUGGGGAGGAAGGUCUUGCGAAUCACCUUCAUUAUCCGGAGAAUAUGUGUCAUCGUAGAGAGCACUAGAGAGCUGAUAAUAUAG